AAUCGACAUACACGUGGAUACCUCUAGUGGUGGAUUCAAUUCGCAGGAAUCGAGACGCAUGUUUACUACACAACGAGUAAGUUAAUUUUAUUGUUGUGUACGUUUGUAAUCUCUACACAUGAAUCAAUUGUAAAUCUAGAUCUAAUCCUUGAAUGUAUAUUCCGCUGCGUAUCAUUAGAUGAUGUCAAGGAUAACCAACAACUCCACCGCCUUCUGCAUCCGAAUUUCCGACUAUAUUCCAAGGAACAUCCUCCUCCACAUCACCAUCCUCGAUUUCAUUAAUUUGUUUGAAAUCAUUAAUGUGCAGCGAUGGUGAGUGCGCGCGGGAUUGGCAGAAAGAGGAAAUUAUUGCUAGGGAUUGGGUAUUUUGUGCAGGGGCUGAGGUGUUUCCCAUGGAUGGGGGUGAAUUUCUUUCUCAAGGAUGGGAUGCGAGUGGCUCCCGCCACUCUUCAGAUCCUUCAGAAUUCGGCCAAUUUGCCCAUGGUGGCUAAACCUUUGUACGGCAUUCUCUCCGAUUCCUUCUACGUCUUCGGCGAGCAUCGUAUCCCUUACAUCGCCUUUGGAGCUUUUCUACAGGCAAUAUCAUGGAUGGCUAUUGCAAUCUUUGCUGCAUCAGACAUCUCCUUUGCAUCUGUUACAUUUUAUCUCCUUCUUGGGAAUUUGGGUGCUUCUAUAGUCGAGGUUGCAAAUGAUGCCAUAGUGGCAGAGACUGCAAAACAACCUACUUCUUCUUCCAAAAAAACCAAAUCCUCUUCAUCCGGUGGGCUGCAGUCGUUCGUCUGGAUGGCCUCGUCGAUAGGUGGAGUUCUGGGAAAUCUUAUAGGUGGUAUUCUUAUUGAUCGGUUUUCCCCACGGAUGAUGUUUUUAAUCUAUGGCAUUCUCCUUUCGUUUCAGUUCUUAAUAAUCGGACUUAUUCGAGAGACCACUCUAGCCCUACCAACGAGUUCAUCCCUAGGUUUUAGGAAGCAAUUAUCUGAACUCUUUGCUGCGCUCAAGAAGCCGGACCUCCUUUACGCAAUAAUCUGGUUUGCAUUUUCCUAUGCUGUGAUCCCAGCCCUAACAGGCACCAUGUUCUUCUACCAAACUCUACAUUUGAAGAUCGAGUCAUCACUACUUGGGAUAUCGAAGGUGGUGGGCCAAGCAGCCAUGCUCCUAUGGGGCGCUAUUUACAAUCGCCACCUCAAGUCAAUUUCAUCGAGAAAACUGAUCGUAGCCGUUCAGGGGACCAUGAUUGUAUUCAUGUUAUCGGAUUAUCUUUUCGUGAAGGGGUUCUAUCAGAACCUUGGCAUUUCCAACUCCUUGUACGUCAUCGCAUUCUCCGGCUUGCUCGAGGUUCUCUAUUUCUUCAAGAUUCUACCUUUCAGCGUUCUGAUGGCACAGCUCUGUCCACCGGGUUGUGAGGCCUCCAUAAUGGCAUUUGUCAUGUCCGCCAUCGCACUUGCGUUCAUAGUGAGUGGCUACCUAGGCGUCGCCCUUGCCUCCUAUUUUCGGGUAAGUGGAGAUGAUUUCUCAGGCCUUCCGGGAGCUCUUCUGGUGCAGGCAGCAUGCACGCUUGUGCCUAUCUUCUGGGCGUCGUGUGUUCCAGACGACGUGAAGGCCAAAGGAAAGUCGAAGGAGAACUAGAUGCUGUCGCUCGCUAGGUUCUUGUAUUUCUUGUGUUUGUCUCAUUUCUAUCCUUUUAAGUUUAUAUGCCAUUGACGUAAUCUCAAGCUUAUUAGGUAUAUAGUUUUCAAUAGAAUGAAUAUAUAUAUGUUGAUUUAACACGGUUGUGAAUUUUUGGUUUUAGUAGAGGUAAUAAAGCAAGAAAAUUUAUUCUCUCCA